AUGGCUACUGAAAGCCUCCCAGACUACCUCACCAUCCCAGGGAAAACUAUCCCCAGUUUUCACUGCCGCGUGGGCCAAAAGCAUAAUGAUCGUCAACCUCUACCCGCUAACACAUAUGGGUACCCUGUGCCUGGAGUGCAGGCACCUUCUUCUACGUCGGUCAUGGCCCUUGACUACUUUGCGAGUGAUCAGACUUGGUCGAAUAUACUUGCUCAUGGAGAUUUUGAUUACAUCGUUAUUGGCUCGGGCUUCACUGCUCUUGCAUUCAUUCAGAAGACCCUCGAACUCGACCCUUGUGCUAAGAUUCUUUGCCUAGAGCGUGGAGGCUUCUGGCUUCCUUCGCACUUCCAGAACCUACCAAUUCCAUUUAAAAUGGUUCUUGGGGGUCCUUCCGAAACAUUCCCCUGGACGCUGUCACGCAAGACCUUUGAAACAAAAGAGCUCAAGUUUUGCCACGGCUCUUGUCCGUUCUUUGGUGGUCGAUCGACCUUUUGGUCCGCAUGGAGCCCUCAACCAACUCCAGACCUCAUGCGCGACUUUCCCAAAGCCAUGAUAGAAACUGCUAACCGAGACGAGUUCUGGAAAGACGCUAAAAAGCUUUUAAAUGUCACGACUGCAAACCAGAUCAAAGAUGGCAUCUUUGGAAGCCUACAGACUGCCAUUGAUAGAAUUCUUCACGACUCGGUUGGUAAGAUUCCUACUGCCGACACUGCUGAGUCAGCCCCUCUUGCUGUUGGACGACAGAGCCCAUCUUCCACUCUGCGUUUCAACAAAUUUUCUGUCCCUGGACCUCUUCUUGCUAUUGUGGAGAACCAGAGGCAACUAGCCAAAGGUAACAAGGGGGCGCCUUUGGAAAUAGUGGUUGAUUGUGCAGUGAAGAGCAUGGAGAAAGGCGACGAAGACGAUUUUGUCCGCGUUAUUGAAACCAGCAAGGGUACGUUAUCAUGGACUGGUAACAAGACAAGGAUCAUUCUCUGCGCCGGAGCCAUUCCUAACGCUACAAUGUUGCUGAACUCUUUUGAGACUUGCCGUGACACUGUUGGUAAGAGACUUACUGGCCACUAUGACACGCACAUCUCAGCAAGAUGUCCUGUGAAGAACGUCAAGAACUGGAAGAAGGAAAAGACGCUCCAAAUGGCUGCUGCUUACGUGGCUGGCAAGGAUCCCAAGACUGGUCUACAGUAUCACGUCUCGGUCACGGCGGCGAAUAGUCCCAACCCGACAGGUGAUGCAGAGGAUGCAGCUCGGGAGUGUCCAGACUAUGCUGCUGCUGCUACGCUUGACCAACUUACUGGUUCUGAGGGCCACGUUGUAUUUGUAUGCUCGGCUCUUGGUGAGUUCAACGAGAACAACGCCAAGAACUAUGUCAAGCUCAAUAAGGGCACCGACCCGACUUGCAACGUCACCCUGCAAUACACCUUGAGCGAAGAGGAUCGUACCGCAUGGGAUGUAAUGGAUCAGGCAACCUACGACACAAUCACACAAAUGGCAGGUGGAAAUGAACACGCGUCUGAUAUCGAAUGGUGGAAUGAGGCAACUCAUUCUUGGAGUAAGAAGAAACCACCAGUCGACACUAUUCGAAUCCCUGGUAUUGUCCACGAGUCAAGCACUUGUUUUAUGGGACCGAAGGAAAUCGGUGGUUCAGUGGAUGAGCUUUACCGUCCCCAUGGGAUUGAGAAUGUUCAUGUCACUGGAGCUGCCCUAUUUCCAACUGCGGGUAGUUGGAAUCCAACCAUGACUAUGUGUGGAUAUGCCCAAGACUUGGCUCACAGGCUCCAUGAGAUAAAGGUUCAAGAGUGUGAGUGA